AUGGCCGAGUGUUCCUUGGCAACACUGAGAGGCCAGCAUCAAGGGAGAUGGACCUGGUCCAGCAGCAAGCUCUCCCUAAGGAAUAUGUCAAUCAUGGAUCCAAAGAGGAACUACGCCCUCAAGAUUCACCUUCCAUGCCAAUCCAGAGCAGCAAGAGAAUGGACAAGUGUAUUAACUCCUUUUGGUUUUCGUGGAAGGGAUCACAGGGUGGAAACUUCAGUUAAAUGUUAUUGUUUGCAGCCGCUCGUGGAUUCGGAGAGCAUGGUCUCACCAAAUCUAAUAUUGUUUUCGGAUGAAGCUCUUCUCACUAUCAGCAUGGUUUUUGCAUAUUUGGCCGGAGUUGUACCCUCUGGGCAGACAUCUCCUCAUGUCAGAAAUCAGAAUGUUUUUCAACACAUUCCAGAGCCAAGCUCCUCUCAUUCUGGUAGGGAUCUAAAGUUCUUGCCUGAAAGGAAUGCUGCGUUUGACCCCAGCGAUAUGUGGAGUGAAGUGAGAGCUAAACUUUCCAGAGCCUUACAAGCACAUGUUCAAGAUGCUAGUUUGGAUAGCAGAGAGGAUGAACUCACGAGUGAUAGGAAAAACUAUCCUUUGAGUAUGCUUGCCAUUCUUGCUGGUCCCAGAUUGCGGCUUCUUCUGAUCACAUUCCAGCUUCUGGAAAUGGAGGUAAGAAAUAUCUUUGGAAGUUCUGAACUUGUUGAUGGAAUCAGGUCUGACAGCUAUUUUGAUGUCAAAUUUCUUGCUGAACAUGGAGAAAGAAUUUUAGAGGACCUUGUUAUUUCCUUAGCUGAUGUGAUUGCUAGUAUUUAUCUGGAGCUUAUGUCAGUUGAUGGUGAUAUGUCUACUGAAGUUGUUAGUUCCAGCUUAGUUCUAUGUUCACUGUCAACCAGAGAACUUCAAAAGCUGCGCAAUGAGGGAUUAAAUCCCCUGGGAUCAAUGAGAAAAUCUUCUAGGUUCGAGUUAUAUGUUCUAUGCAGCAAAAAAUGUGAAAAAACAGACAAUAAUCAAGCGGAGAGGGCAAAUUGGUGGAGGAUUGCAUUUGGCAAGCCUAAUGUGCUCACUCUUGAUUAUGUUAACAUCAGUCCAUUUUCCCUUCCAGCAAGAAGGACGAAGGAAUUAAGAGCUUUGAUUGGAUGGAGGUAUUACUUCAGCUUAUUCUUAGAGUUGUCAGAUAUCUCCAUGCCCUUCAUAGGGGCUGCUAUCAGCAAAGUGAGCGCUGCGGUAUCCUACUUCUGGGUGUCCAUGAUUGGAAGGUCUCUUGGUCUGAUUUUCUCAGGGAUUAGACAAUCACUAGGCUGGAAAUGA